AUGGUGCUGCCCAGCACGCAGGGCCUCCAGCCACUUUCUUUUCUUGUCCCCUCUCCCCUCUUCUAUCAGAGCUCAGGGGCCCUGGCCCAGCCCCAGCCCUGGUGGAGGAUCCAGCUGUUCGUAUGGGAGCCAGUGCUGUUCGGGACCUGGGAUGGUGUGUUCACGUCCUGCAUGAUCAACAUCUUUGGGGUUGUCCUUUUCUUGAGGACUGGCUGGCUAGUGGGAAACACAGGAGUGCUCGUGGGCAUGUUUCUGGUGUCCUUUGUCGUCCUCGUGGCCCUUGUCACCGUGCUGUCCGGCAUCGGGGUUGGGGAGCACUGCAGCGUGGGCAGCGGUGGCGUCUACUCCAUGAUCUCGUCCGUCGUCGGCGGGCAGGUGGGAGGCACCAUUGGGCUGCUCUAUGUGUUUGGACAGUGUGUUGCAGGUGCCAUGUACAUUACUGGCUUUGCUGAAUCCAUCUCGGAUUUGCUGGGCCUCAGGACUAUCUGGGCUGUGCGAGGAAUUUCAGUUGCGGUGCUUCUGGCCUUGCUGGGGAUUAACCUAGCAGGAGUCAAGUGGAUAAUCCGCCUCCAGCUGCUGCUGCUGUUCCUGCUGGCCGUGUCCACACUAGACUUCGUGGUGGGCUCUUUCACACACCUGGACCCAGAGCAUGGUUUUGUUGGAUAUUCACCAGAACUGCUACAGAACAAUACUCUGCCAGAUUAUAGCCCUGGAGAGUCUUUCUUCACCGUCUUUGGGGUAUUCUUUCCAGCAGCUACAGGAGUCAUGGCCGGCUUCAACAUGGGGGGCGACCUCAGGGAGCCUGCUGCCAGCAUCCCCCUGGGCUCCCUGGCAGCUAUCUGCAUCUCGUGGUUUUUAUACAUCAUCUUUGUCUUCCUGCUUGGCGCCAUCUGCACCCGAGAGGCUCUUCGCUAUGACUUCCUGAUCGCGGAAAAGGUGUCCCUGGUGGGCUUCCUGUUCCUUUUGGGCUUAUACAUCUCGUCCCUGGCCUCCUGUAUGGGAGGACUCUAUGGAGCCCCCCGGAUUCUGCAAUGCAUUGCCCAAGAGAAAGUGAUUCCUGCACUGGUCUUUCUGGGGCAAGGAAAAGGGCCGAAUAAAACACCUGUAGCUGCCAUCUGCCUGACCAGCUUGGUGACUAUGGCCUUUGUCCUUGUGGGUCAGGUGAAUGUCCUGGCCCCCAUCGUCACCAUCAACUUCAUGCUGACAUACAUCGCGGUGGACUACUCUUACUUCUCCCUGGCCAUGGAUCCCUGCAGCCUCCCCCUAGUGCCUGAGACGGCACCCAGGGAGAGCAUGGAAGCUGUCCACUGCUCUGAGCACCUGCUCUUGGAGAAGGCUCCCAGCUAUGGCUCCGAGGGCACUGCCCAAAGUCUCUCUGAGGGCACUCUGCUGGAAUUCACCAAGGACAUGGAUCAGCUUCUCCAGCAAACUAGGAAGCUUGAGGGUAGCCAGCCCAGGAAAGGGGAGGGUGAAGGGAUCCCAGAGGGUGAGGGGAGAAAACACAAGAAAGCCACCAAGCAAGCUCUACAGGAUAGCUUCCUCUUGGAUUUCAAGUCCCCUACUUCCUUCCCUUCUGAGGGCUCUGUAAGGUUUCCUACUGUCUCCUCGGAGGGGCAGGAGUCAAACUGGAACAAGCAGUGUUCCUGGAGUGAAUUGUCUCUGCCUGGGGGAGCACGCGGAGAACAAUUUGUCCCCGAGUCAUGGAACCAGUCUGGGCCAAGUGGAGAAGAUUCAUUCCUAAAGUCCAGGCUCCAAGAACAGGAAAUCCAGAGGAGACCAGCUUCUUUCUACACCUGUAUGUGCAACCCCUGGGUCUCCCUGUUGGGGGCUGCCGGGUCCCUUCUCAUUGUGUUUGUGAUCCAGUGGGUCUACACCCUGGUUAACAUGGGUGUUGCUGCCAUUGUGUAUUUCUAUAUUGGCCGAACCAGUCCAGGACUUCACCGUGGAUCAGCCUCCAACUUCAGCUUUUUCAGAUGGAUGAAGUCUCUUCUGAUCCCCUCCUGCAGGAGCUUGCGAUCCCACCAGGAGCAGAUCAUUUUGGCACCGUCCCUAGCUAAGGUUGACAUGGAGAUGACUCAGCUCACCCAGGAGAACACAGACUUCGCCACUCGGGAUCGCUACCACCACUCCUCCUUCGUGAGUCGGGAGCAGCUGAUGCCUCAGUACUAGAGAGAUCCCUGUGCCUGCACCUCUGAUUGCUCUGCAGUCCUGGAGACUUUCUGGAACUGGUUCUCCUUGGGAAGGAACUCAAAGACCCGUCCUCCCACUGCCAUUCCAGAUGGUGGAAAUCUGGGUUCUGGUCUGGAGCCCUCCCUCUAACUCAGGGGAGUCAUUAGAUGUGGAGGUGGCCUCUGAAGCAUGGCACCCCAUCUGAAGAGCUCCACAUGGGACACCAAGACCAUCAGGAGUGGAGAACCAGAACCAGAUGUUUGUUCUGCAGGCCACAAUAAAUGUUCUGGAGGUCAGAAGUCCAAAAUGGAUCUCACUGGGAUCACAUCAAGGCAUUGGAGGGCCGCGUUCCUUCUGGUGGCUCUAAGAGAGAAUCUGUUUCCCUGCCUUUCCCAG